AUGUCCUCGACAAAGCUUCAAGGCAUCAAUCCCAGAGUUGAAGUAGACGCCCUUCACAAAGAGAUAGCACGCUUGACACUUGACCAACGGUCUAUGAUUCGCUUCUCAUACAGCUUCAUGGAAGCAGAAGCAACAAGAAAUGGACUCGGUUUGUUUGUGAGGUUGUUUGCUGAGUUUCCACAAUACAAGACGAUUUGGCCACAAUUUCGCCAGAUUCCAGACAGCGCCCUCAUUUCUUCAGAUAAAUUGAAAAAUCAUGCCACGGUGUAUAUGGCAGGCCUAAAGGAAAUCGUGGACGUCAUGGACGACAACGAAAAGCUGAUCGUGGCAACUCGACGAAUCGCCGCCAGUCACUGUAAAUGGAGCAUCUGCAAAUUUCACAUCCAGCACAUGGUGCCCGGUCUACUGGAGGUGUUGAAUAUCUGCAUGGGUGGUCAGAUAACUCCAGAGAUAUCACGUGCAUGGGAGACGCUCUACGACAUCAUUGGAAAUAUGAUUGGUCUUCAAAAGGGUGUAAGAAGGCCGGACAUCUAA